UUUUCCUAUUGCAAAACAGCCAUGUACUUGAUGUACUACGAGGAGAAUGGCAAGCGCCAAUACACCAUGAAGAAAACCGCUCCUGAUGGCACACCAACAAAGUCGGCACACCCUGCUCGCUUCUCGCCCGAUGACAAGUAUUCGCGCCACCGUGUCACUCUCAAGAAGCGAUUCGGCAUCCUCAUGACCCAGCAGCCCGAAGUCGCUCUCUAAAUGGCCUUGGUGUUUGAGAAAAAAAUACAUAAAAAAUUGCUUCAUUCA